AAAUGAUUCUCACCCAUGUGUUGAUUUUACUGUAAGACAUCAUCUUAUUUGAACUUAAAAAUUCUCUUCUAAUUGAAGUAAUAAACAAUCACUUGUGAGAUUUCCAGCAAAAUAAUUUUGCUUGAGCAUAGGAAAGAGUUACCUUAAUUAAAGUAAUAAUUUGAAAGAAGAUGAACUUCUGAGUAUAGAAAAAAAUUAAUUACAAUUCAAUAGACUACCUAAAGGCGCACCCAUGAUGUAAAAUAAAAACAAAGUUAAAAUAAAAAUGAUCUAAAAUGGCACAAAACAAACAAAAUAAAAAAGGUUAAAAGGAGUCAAGUCAACCCAGCAACUCCAAAGCAAAACAGAGCAAAGUUUCAAAGUGAAUUGGCUUUCCGGUUGAUAUUUCCAACAAAAUAAAGCAAUUACAUGUAUAGUUAGUUGUCUUUCUCUCCCUAAUUUAGAGAGAAUUUGCAAAGUCAGUGAAGGUCAGCUAUACUAAGCUUUAGCCCCUAAGUAUAUCUCUGCUGCUUUCUGCUGGAAAUUUCUGGCCAAUACCAGUUUUCAAGUCUUAAGUAUGGAUCGAUUGGAAAUGGAAACUAAUUUAGAGCUACACUUUUGGCAUUAAUUGACAAUGGCUUAUUACCUUCAUCAGUCCCAGUUAAAAUGACCAUCUUGAAGGUUGUGAGGGUGUCCAAACUCUAAAAAGUAGUUACCAUGGAUGUCAUUAGUCCCUUGGUGGGGAUUUUAGAUUUAAUUUGCACACCCGUUGCAAGAAGGAUUCAAUGCUUAAAAAAUGUUGAGCAACUUGAGAAAGUUCUGCAUAAUGAUCUCGAGAUACUAAAAGAAAGAGAAAAUGACAUCAAGCUGGAGAUUGACAGGGGAACAAUGAGCCAGAGAAAGAAGCUAAGAAGUGAGGCACAGUUGUGGCUCAAACAAGUGGAGAAGAUACGGAAUGAAGUGAGUGGCAUAGAGAGUGACAUUGUUGAAAAGAGGAGAUUUUUUAAGGGAUGUUGUCCCAACUGCUAUUCAAGGUAUAAAUUAAGCAGAAGUAUUGUAGAGAAGAUAAGAGAAGUUAAAGAGCUUCAAGAGAGAGGAGCAUUUGUGAAUGGUUUGUUCAUUGAUUUAUUGCCAGAUAGGGGAAGGAUUAUACCGACAUCAUCAUCGAUAACAGAAACAAUACCAUCGAAAGUUUUACAUGAGAUCUGGGAAUGUCUAGUAGAUGACAAUGUGCAUAAGAUAGGUAUAUAUGGCAUGGGUGGUGUUGGAAAGACAACUAUCAUGAUGCAUUUAAACAACCUACUCAGUGAGGAUAAGAUUUUUGAUUUUGUCAUUUGGGUGACUGCUUCGAAAAGCUUUGACUUGAAGAAGCUACAAACUGAUGUGGCUAAAGGAAUAGAGUUGGACUUCUUGGAUGAUGAAGACAUGAUCAAAAGAUCAACCUUGUUGUUUGAGCACUUGCAGAGAAUAAAAAAUUUUAUACUCAUAAUAGAUGAUUUGUGGUGUAAGUUUUCUUUAGAAGAGGUUGGAAUCCCACAACCAAAUAAAGAGAAUGGUUGUAAAAUAGUUUUCAUCACUCGACUUAUGGAAGUAUGCCGAGGCAUGGAAACACACAAGGAAGUUAAAGUGGAUGUCCUUUCUGAGGAUGUUGCCUGGAGCUUGUUUGCUGACAAAGCAGGAAUCCACACAAUCCACUCUCCUGAGAUAGAAACUAUUGCAAAGAAGAUUUCAGAAGAAUGUGGAUGCCUUCCUCUAGCGAUCCUCACUGUGGGGCGAGCCAUGAGGAGAACUGAUGAUGAAAGAGUUUGGAUGAAUGCAUUGGAAGAACUGAAAAGCUCAAAAGCUGAGAUUGAAGGUAUGGAAGAAGAUGUCUUUGCACGUUUGAAGUUUAGCUAUAAUCACUUGAAGAAUGACAGGUCUCGGGAUUGUUUCUUGUAUUGUGCCUUGUUUCCUGAGAAUUCCAAGAUUGAUGUUGAAUCACUGGUGCAAUAUUGGAUGGCAGAAGGGUUGAUAGAAGAAGUAGGUAAUAGAGAGAAUGAAAUAAACAAAGGACAUGCAAUAAUAAAGGAACUCAAAGAUGCCUGCAUGCUAGAGGGUAUUGGAACAAGGUGGGUUAGAAUGCAUGAUUUGGUGAGGGAUAUGGCUAUUAGAAUCACAAGUGACUGUCCAGUGUUCAUGGUAAGGGCUGGUCUUGGUUUGACAACAUUUCCAAUGACUUGGAAGGAAAAUGUAGAAAGGGUCUCCCUAAUGGAAAACAACAUGAAUGUUCUUUGUGAUAUUCCCAAAAGUACAUGUUUAUCAACCUUGCUCUUGCAAAAAAAUCCCCUUUCGAAAAAAAUUCCAGACUCAUUCUUUUUAAACAUGCCCAAUCUUAGAGUUCUUAAUCUAUCUGGAACUCUUAUCGAAUUGCUUCCCAAUUCACUUUCUUGCUUACACAAUCUUCGAGCGCUCCUCUUAAGUUCUUGUAACCUUAAGUCUCUACCUUCUCUAACAAUGCUCAUAGAGCUGAGAGUGUUGGACCUUUCAAAUACUUUGAUUGAAGAGUUGCCACAUGAUGUUGGAACCUUGAUAAAUCUCAGACAUCUUGAUAUCUCUUACACUGAAGAAUUGGAAAUCUUUCCUGUUGGACUUAUCCCUAGGCUGUCUCGACUAGAAUAUUUAACCAUGUUUAGAAGCAAUUGGAGAUGGUCAAAGAAUUCACAAGAAACUGGAAGGGGAGUAGUUUGUGAUGAAAUCAUCAAAUCAACACAACUAACUAGUCUAGGUCUUACCUUUGAGGACUUAGACAGCUUCAACAGUUACAUGAGAUCAGGACACUGGCGAGAGCUUAAAAGCUACCAUAUUGGUGUAGGACUUUUGUCAAGCUUUUCACCAAAAUCCAAAGAAGCUUGUAGCAUUGAAAUUCAAGGCUGUAACCUGUCUAGUAGUGGAAAUUCCAUUGAGAUACCAGAAAACACUCAACAACUAGCAUUACAGGGUUGUCAUGAUAUUGUUGUUCUGUCAAAAUUGUCAAACUCAUCAAAUUUGGCUGAAGUCAAUGAAUGUUAUGUGUCCACCUGUAAUAGGUUGGAGUAUAUCAUAACACCCGAUGGGACUUAUUUUCCAAAGCUAAAGAGUUUAGUCCUCCGAAAACUCUCUAAAUUGAAAGCUAUUUGUGAUGGAGCUGUGGAAGAUAAUGUACUUUCUAGGCUAAAAACUCUGCAUAUUCACAAUUGCAAUAGUCUCAAAACUAUAUUCUCUACUGGAUUUUCACAGUGCCUUGAGAAUCUUGAAGAGCUUGAGAUAUGGAAUUGUCCUUCCUUAGAAGAGAUUGUUGAAGGAGAGGAAUUAGGAAUUGUUGACAAUUCUACUUCUCCAUCUCUAAGAGUCCCCAGACUAAAGAAAAUGGACUUGUCUACUUUACCGGAGUUGAGAAGUAUUUCCACAAGGGAACUUGCUUGUAAUUCAUUGGAUUCUAUUGAUGUGUGGGACUGUGAGAAGCUAAAGAAGCUGCCUUUCUCAAUGGACAACUUUCCAAUCUCUCUCAAGCACAUUGGAGGAACCAGAAAGUGGUGGGAUGAGUUGUCUUGGGAUGAUCCUAGUCCCAAAAGUUUCCUAGAGCCGUUUUUCAGGGAAGACAGAUUAGAAGAAACAACUUAAAAAUCAGACAUUUCUCAAUGAUAACCUUCACGAGUGGUGAAGAAUGAAGAGAAUUUCAUUUGAUUGGUGGCUUCUGCUCUGUCUAGAAACAGGAUAAUUGGGAAAAGGAAACCAACUUCGCCAUUUUUGAUUCAAAUGUUUCCUUGUUAGUUCAUAACAACCAACUUUGUAAGGGGUUUUAUGAAGAUGGAACUUGAAGAGUGCUGCUAUGUUUAAGUUAUCAUCAUGAAUCUUUUCAUUGGUAAAAUCCUUCGAUACGAGGAAGAAAGAGUUUCUGGUAUGCCUGUUAUCCUAUUCUCUUAAUUGGGGUUGUGUUAACAGAGCAUAUUUUCCAUUGUUUCACAAUAAGAUGUUCAUACUUCAUAGUCCCUCAUCUAUUCUGACUAGUCAAAUUCUUUAAUUGUUGGGAUAAAGGUGUACCACUACCAAUGUAUUAUAGUCACUAGUUAGAUCAUAUUAGAUUGCAAUGUAUCCAAAAUAAGAUCUUACACAUUAUUUUGUGCAAUAAGAAAAUUUAUUAAUCACUUCUAUGUAUUAUACCAAUUUUCAUUCA